GUCGAGGCGAGCGGUAAUGCAGAGCGCGGGCGGCGGAGGCGGAGGCCGGCGGCCGCAGCCGCCCCUGGCCCAGCCCUCAGCCAGCCCCUACCCCGAGGCCGUGGAGCUGCAGCGCCGGAGCCUGCCCAUCUUCCAGGCGCGGGGGAAGCUGUUGGCCCAGCUCCGGAACCUGGACAGCGCCAUCCUCAUCGGAGAAACUGGCUCUGGAAAGACGACUCAGAUCCCUCAGUACCUCUAUGAAGGGGGGAUUGGCCGCCAGGGCGUCAUUGCUGUGACCCAGCCUCGGCGAGUGGCUGCCAUCUCACUUGCUACUAGAGUCUCAGAUGAGAAGAGAACUGAACUCGGGAAGCUGGUUGGCUAUACAGUGCGCUUCGAUGAUGUCACCUCAGAAAACACCAGGAUCAAGUUCCUGACAGAUGGCAUGCUUCUGCGUGAAGCCAUUUCAGACUCCCUGCUUCGGAAGUACAGCUGUGUCAUUUUGGAUGAGGCUCACGAGCGGACUAUCCACACAGAUGUGCUCUUUGGAGUGGUGAAAGCCGCACAGAAGAGGCGAAAGGAGCUGGGGAAGCUGCCUCUCAAAGUGAUUGUGAUGUCGGCUACGAUGGAUGUGGAUCUGUUCUCUCAGUAUUUCAAUGGAGCCCCUGUCCUCUACCUUGAGGGUCGGCAGCAUCCAAUCCAGAUCUUUUACACCAAACAACCUCAGCAAGAUUACCUGCAUGCCGCACUUGUCUCAGUCUUCCAGAUUCACCAGGAAGCCCCUUCUUCUCAGGACAUCCUGGUGUUCCUCACUGGUCAGGAGGAAAUCGAAGCAAUGAGCAAGACCUGCCGAGACAUUGCAAAGCACCUCCCAGACGGCUGCCCCUCCAUGCUGGUCCUUCCUCUGUACGCCUCCCUGCCCUAUGCCCAGCAGCUCCGUGUCUUCCAGGGGGCCCCAAAGGGCUAUCGCAAAGUGAUCAUUUCAACCAACAUCGCUGAAACCUCCAUAACCAUUACAGGAAUAAAAUAUGUAGUAGACACGGGCAUGGUUAAAGCAAAGAAGUAUAACCCUGAUAGUGGCCUGGAGGUGUUAGCUGUGCAGAGGGUGUCGAAGACCCAGGCCUGGCAACGCACAGGACGCGCUGGCAGAGAGGACAGUGGCAUCUGUUACCGGCUCUAUACAGAGGAUGAGUUUGAGAAGUUUGAGAAGAUGACCGUGCCAGAGAUCCAAAGGUGUAACCUGGCCAGUGUGAUGCUGCAGCUCCUAGCAAUGAGAGUCCCCAACGUGCUCACCUUUGACUUCAUGUCCAAACCGUCUCCAGAUCAUGUUCAGGCGGCCAUUGCCCAACUGGACCUGUUAGGUGCUCUUGAACACAAGGAUGACCAGCUUACCCUGACUCCCAUUGGAAGAAAGAUGGCAGCAUUUCCCUUAGAACCCAAAUUUGCCAAAACCAUCCUCCUGUCCCCCAAAUUCCACUGUACGGAGGAGAUACUGACCAUUGUCUCCCUGCUAUCUGUGGACAGUGUUCUCUACAACCCCCCCUCCCGGCGGGAUGAAGUGCAGAGUGUCCGAAAGAAGUUCAUAUCCAGCGAGGGCGAUCACAUCACCCUGCUCAAUAUCUACCGCACCUUCAAAAACUUAGGCGGAAAUAAGGACUGGUGCAAAGAGAACUUUGUCAACAGCAAAAAUAUGAUGCUGGUGGCGGAAGUCAGAGCCCAGCUGAGGGAUAUCUGCGUGAAGAUGUCAAUGCCGAUCGUGUCAUCCCGAGGAGACCUGGAGGCGGUGCGCCGCUGCCUGGCCCACAGCCUCUUCAUGAGCACCGCUGAGCUUCAGCCGGAUGGCACCUAUGCCACCACAGACACUCACCAGCCGGUGGCCAUCCACCCCUCGUCUGUCCUCUUCCACUGCAAGCCAGCCUGCGUCGUGUACACUGAGCUGCUCCACACCAACAAGUGCUACAUGCGAGACCUCUGCGUGGUGGACGCCGAGUGGCUGUACGAGGCCGCCCCGGAGUACUUCCGGAGGAAGCUGAGGACCACCAGAAACUGAGCCACCCCGGGUCCCUGCCAGGCCUGCCGGGGCCUGCAGCUGGGACCACAGCUGUCCUCUCGCAGCCUCCAGCCUGGCGCCUAGAGAAGAGGAGGGUCUAGUGCCGCAGAACGAGCCUGACUUCCUGGGCCUUGCAGGCGUCUUUCUUAUAGACUCCUAAGGCUGAACCAAGUAGAUGUGUACCUAUCAUUCUGUUUGUACCUUUGAAACAUCAAAAUUAUGCUUUCGGUUCUUGCUGGGUGAUUUUGGGUGACGUAGUUAACUUCUGAGCCUCAGUUUGCCAUAUGCCAAAGGGGAUGAUAAUACUGAUAAGGUUGGAGUCAUGAGGUUUAGAGAAAGUGAAUGUGCCCAGAGCAUGCAGCCCACGGUGAACAUAUGCUGAAUAGUUGGUUUGAUGCUACUGCUUUUUACCUAAUGGGAACUGAGUACAACAAAAUCCCGAGUGCUCAAGACUAAGGGGGACUUUCUAGAAGGUGACUGUGGGAGGUCACAGAGCUCAGAUGUUGUCCUUGGAUCUAUUUUAAUGUCUAUCUGUAUGAAGUUUUUUAAUAGAAAGCAUAAGAGAUUGACAUCUGUAGAAGUUUCGGUGGGGAGGUGCUGUGUCUCUUACCUCCCGGGCUGGCUGCCCCUACUGAGCCCCCCCUCAGAGUGUGGGUGCUGGCUGCCUCCAAGCAGAGGACAGUCAAGGAGCACCUGCAGGUUGCUGAGCUGUGCAUCUUUGUCCCUGGUGCUUCUGUGGCAGAUGUCCUCACCUGUCCUUUCAGGAGGCGUGGAAGUUUCCUGGGUGAAGGUCGAUUUGCAGCUUCUGACUCAUGCCAAGUAUAAACGUGGGAAACUGACCCUGGAGGGUGAUGGCCUCCAGCACACCCAGCAGCUGUUGUCCUCUGUAACUGGGCCCAUGGAAACACGUGAGCUUAAGGAAUGACUCUGCCACAUUUCAGCCAUUUCCCUUCUGGCAGGGCCCCUGGUCAAGGCGCUGCUGGGGCGGAGGGGAGACACAAAUGGUCCAUGAGAAAAAGACAGCAUUGGCUCAUCCCAUCCACAACAUCUGGCGUUUGUAUUCUAGCAUCUUAUUUAUUUUUAUCUUUUUCCUUCUUUGGGACUUGGGGACAACCUGGCUUUGUUACCUCCCAACUCUGCCAGCCAUCACUCUCUGACCCUUAGCUUCUACAUAUCUCAGAGGGAAUUAGCGGUUCUCCACAGUCUCUUCCUGUCCUCUUUCUGAGAAGGGAAAAGAUAUCAAAGGUCCUUCUUAGCUAUUUAAUUAUCAAAAGCAAAUGAAUGUCUUGUCCUAGAAGCAGCCAAGAUUUGCCCUUUUAAUGUGCUUAAUUGACCUAAACAUAUGUGUGCAGUAUUUUGGUCGUUCCUUAACAAAGUGAACCAUGCAGUUUAUAUGCAAGGGGCCAACUGAGAGACCCUUCGGAGGCAGUGGGCGGUCUCUUCACUCUGGACUCUCCGAGACUAGCCUGCCAGAGCUCCCCUUUCCCGUCUCAUCUGUCCACGCCUUUGUCUAUCAGGUAUGCUCAGGCUUCCAGCACACACUGUGGCCCUGAGAAGUCAAGCUUUUAUAUAGUGUUCAGGGCACCUGUGACUUAAUUCUGUUAGAAAUAUUUACAUUUAGGCCAAAUAGGAUUCAGCAGAUCCUAUGUACCCUAUCUCAGCGAUUUUCAACCUUUUUCAUCUCAUGGCACAUAAACUAAUUACUAAAAUUCUGUGGCACACCAAAAAAUAU